AAAUAUUGAACUAAAAAGGAGGUGAGUGAGAAAGAAUAAUCGUUCAAAAACAAAAACAAAAACAAAAGAAUAUAUGAAAGAGCUAGCAUUAUUGAAACCCUACACAAAAACAAAAGAAGAUCUGAAGCUACUGAGAUAGUGAUCAUUUUGUUGUGGUAUACUAUCAUCUCUGUUGGUUAAACUGUGACUGACUGUUCAUCCACACCUGUUGAUCUCAAGAGCUGUGUCCAUUCACGACUUGCCAUGGAAGCUGUGAUUGUAGCUCCGCUUCUAGAGCUGCUGUUUGGAAGGCUAACUUCCUCUGUUGCUGGUGAAGUGCAAAAUCGCCGAGAUUUCAAGAAGGAGACGGAGAAGCUGGGGAACAUGUUACCAGUUAUUCAAGGCGUGAUAGAAGAUGCAGAGGAGCAGCAGAUGAAAGAUAAGAAGGUGAGAGGUUGGCUGGUGAAGCUCAAAGAAGUGGCCUGCGAUGCAGACGACCUGUUGGAUGAGAUUUCCACCCACCUUCUGCGUAGACAGUUAAUGAAAGUGACCGACGGCGAUACCGUCGACUCGAUUCACAAACUAUUUAUAAAGUUAGGUCGAUAUCCAAACACCAAGGAGUUGUUUGGUCUCAGACUGAGACAGAUUCGACAACGGACAACAUAUAAGGUAAAGAAGACUACCUUAAAGCUUGCAACAAUUCCAGUUCACUUUAAAAUGUCGCGUAAGCUGAAGGAGAUUCGGGAAGAUCUGGAAGAUCUCACCAAGCAAAUGUCUUGCUUCCAAUUCAAACAAUGUUCGCCAUAUAAGCGGUCAGAUACCAUGGAGAGACGCGAAACCGGACCCUUUGUUGAUGAAUCUAAGGUUUUUGGCAGAGAUGAGGAUGUGGAGAAGAUUGUUGAGAUGUUACUGUCAGGAAGUGGUCCUCAAGUCCCAGUAAUUCCGAUUGUUGGAUUUGGAGGCAUGGGGAAGACAACACUUGCUCAGUUAGUCUAUAAUGAUCCCAGGGUCAGGAAGCAUUUUGAACUUGAAAUGUGGGUAUCCGUCAAUAAAAAUUUCAACCCAAAAAAGAUCAUCAAUGAAAUGUUGGGUUAUGUCACGAAGGAAUGGGAUAAACUAAUUGAUCCACUGAAGGGCACACCAGAUGGAAGUAGAAGUAUACUGACCACAAGGAGCGAGGCAGUUGCAGCAAUAACUAGUGCAUUUCCCCCUUACCAUUUGGAAGCGCUGAGCAAAGAUGAUUGUUGGAAUUUGUUCAAGCAACGAGCCUUUGCAGACGGAGGAGAAGAUGAAUUUCAGAGCCUACUGACCAUUGGUGAACAAAUAAUGGACAAGUGCAAAGGUGUUCCCUUGGUGGCCAAAAUUCUUGGAAGCAUACUGCGGUUUAAAAGAGAAGAAAGCGAGUGGUUACAUGUGCAAAGAAGCGAGCUGUGGACUAUUGAGGAAGCUGAGAAGAGAAUUUUGGCCAUCUUAAGGUUGAGUUACAAUCAUUUGCCAUCACAUCUGAAACCUUGCUUUGCAUAUUGUUCAGUGUUCCCUAAAAAUUAUGAGAUUAAUAAAGAAAAGUUGAUCCAUCAAUGGAUAGCACAAGACUUAAUUCAUACUGAUCAACAAGACUUCGAUUGUAGUGGGGGAUACUUAAUUCAUUCUCAAGGGCCUCUGGAGGAACUUGGGAACGAGUAUUUUAACAACUUAUUGAUGAUGUCCUUUUUUCAAGGCAUAAGAAAAUCUGAUGACGAAGUUAUCACAGAGUUUAAAAUGCAUGACCUUAUUCAUGAUCUUGCAAACUCUGUCGUUGGAAACGAAUUUAUGACUCUGGGGCAUGACAACGUGCAUUCUUAUGGCCAAAAAAGUCAAACGGAUGGUUUCUCAAAGAUACGCCAUGCAUCAGUUGUUUACAAUCCUAGCUCUUGUUUGAUCCCGAAAGCCUUGUGUAAAGCAAAGAAACUGCGUACCCUCAAUUUACUGUCACCAAGAGAGGAUUCUGCACAAGUCCUUCCUGCAGUAGUCUCAACUUUUAAGCACCUCAGAGUGCUAAAUCUGAGUGGAUAUGGCAUUGAAACACUGCACAGAUCGAUUGGGGGGUUGAUACAUUUAAGAUAUCUGAAUCUCUCCUAUACUCUCAUCGAGACCAUGCCAGAAACAAUCUGUGAUCUCUGCAAUUUGCAGACACUGAAUCUUUCAAGUUGCAGUGAGCUCAGGGAGUUACCAAGUGGUACGUCAAGGUUGAUAAAUCUGAGACAUCUGAACAUAGAUAAUUGUGCAAGACUUGCUAACAUGCCCCCAUCAAUCGGAAAGUUAUGCCAACUUCGGACUUUGCCAGUAUUUAUUGUUGGCAAUAUCAAAGAUGGCCUUAGGCAGCUUCUGAGACUGAAAGAACUCCGAGGUAAGUUAAAAAUCACACACCUGGAGAAUGCUUGGCAUCACGAUACCUCUGACCUUAAGAUGUGGAUGGCAACAACAAACUUCUACUCAUUGGAACUGUUAUGGGGAAAUGAUGAUGAGGGUAAGUCAGCUAGUUACACAUCCAGCAGAGAAAAUCCCUUGCGCAAUCAAAGAUGUGAAGAGGACGUAUUGGAUUCUUUUAAACCAAAACCCUCUAUAAGAAUGUUGAUCAUAAAAGGUUAUUCAGGAGCAACCUUUCCAAUUUGGAUGAAUAUGUCUGGCCUUGAAAGUCUCACCCAGGUGAACUUAAUUAACUGCAAAAACUGUGAGAGUCUUCCUACGCUUGGGCAACUUGCAGCCCUCAAGAUCCUUAACAUCCAAGGAAUGGAUUCCGUCGUAAACAUUGGUGUUGAGUUUUCAGGUGAAGGUGACAGACCAUUCUCGUCACUGAAAGAACUGACCCUCAGAGACCUUCCUGAAUUGAAAACUUGGAGCAGUGUGGAUUCCGCAGAAGCAUUUAUUUGCCUGGACAAACUAAUUAUCACAAAAUGUCCAUUGUUGAUAACUAUGCCAUGGUUUCCAUGUCUCCAAUAUUUGGAACUGCAAAAGUGCAACCAAUUGAUAGUGAGGUCAGCGUCUGAGCUAAACACACUCUCCACCCUCGUUAUGGACUUCUUUCAGGACUUAUUCUUUCUACCAAAAAAAUUGUUGCAAAACAAUUCGCGUUUGAUGUCAUUAACAGUUACCUCUUGCCCCAAGCUUGGCUCAAUACCUGAAAAUCUGGCAAACCUCGCUGCUCUGAAAUCACUGAAAAUUGGAUGGUGUGACGAACUGAAAACUUUGCCACAUGGAUUAAAAAGCCUCACUUCACUGGAGAACUUGGAUAUUAUUGAGUGUCCUAGUUUAAUCCGUUUGCCAGAGGAGGGCAUGGAAGGCUUGUGCUCACUUCGAUCAUUCUCAAUUGAGAAUUGUCCCCGCUUAACAUCUUUGCCAAUGGGGAUGAAACACCUCACAGCUCUUGAGAACCUCACAAUCAUGUUUUGUUCAAACCUAGUUCAUCUGCCAGAUAAUUUCCAUUGCCUUGUGGAACUUAGAAGCAUGACAAUUUUAAGCUGUCCAGAGCUCGCAUCUCUGCCAGAGGGACUCCAACACCUGAAGAAAUUGCAAAUCCUGGAACUUCGUAGCUGCCCGAAACUCAUGGAGCUGCCCAACUGGGUGGAGCAUCUUGUUUCACUUCGAUCCUUGGCAAUCUCCGACUGUCCAAAUAUAAAAUCGUUGCCAGAAGGUUUAGGACGUCUAAGUGCACUGCAACACCUGUCCAUCAGAGAUUGUCCUGAUCUUGAGCACCAUUGUGAGAGAGGAAAAGGCGAGGGCUGGGAGAAGAUAUCUCAUGUCCCUUAUAUCUAUGUUGAAUCAUCGGCAUUGCCGCAGGGGCAACCCAUUGCGUCCACGUCACAAAAUCCUUAGUUUUGAAGAACUGAUGGCUGAUUGUACAUAGCAUAAGAAGCCAUUUGGGAUCAUGAUCGGACGGAAUUGUGAUCGAGUCAAAAUGGGUCAACUAGGAUGAGGUCGUUGAUCCAAUUCCAAUUUCCAACUUUCCCUAUUUCUAAGUUUCCAGAUUCCUACUUACAUGUCAUAAGCCUAAAAGACUUGCAUGAAUUAACAACUUCAAUGCCUGGAUAGUUUAUCUAACAUACUAUCGAUCCUCCAAAUUGAAAAUGGUGCGCAUUGUUGUGAGUGAACUAGAUAAGUCUUUGUCAGAGAAAUAUUUACAAUACAAAAAACUCAAGCUGAAAAAAGAGCAUUUAUACCCAAGAAACCAGAUCUGGUCACAUACACUUCUCAGCUCAAUUCUUUUGAGCCCACAUACAAAAUU